AGAAAACAAAGAUAGCAUGUUUGACAACGCCAGUAUACAAACAAGAGAUAAUCGAGAAGAUGUUUAGAUCCAUUUUUGGACUAAAAUUCUUUACAAGACCUUGGUCUUCAGGAGAUAUGGACUCUUCUUCGAAGAAGUCCAAACGAAGGAGUGAGAGACCUUCCUCUCCUGAAGACCUCAACCCUCCCACCAUCUUGAGGGAGCACGGACGAAGGGGUGAGAGACCUUCGUCUAGUGGAGACACCAACCCUUCUACCAUCGUGAAGGAGCACAGAGAAAGGGGUGAGGGCCCUUUGUCUUGUGCAGAACACAAGCCCUCUACCACCAGGCAGCAAGAACGAAGGGAUGUGAGCUCAUUGUUCAUCGUGGGCACCAACCCUUCUAUCAACAUGAAGGAGAGCAGGCAAAGGGGCGAGAGCUCUUUGUCUUCCUCUUCUGAAGAGGAUGAGCCUUCUACCAUCAGGCAGCGAGUACGAAGGGGUGAGAGCCCUUCCUCUUCAUCCUCUGAAGACAGUCAGCCUACUACUGCAAAGCAGCAGCAAGCAUGGAGGGGUGAGAGCCCUUCGUCGUCAUCUUCUGAAGAUGACCAGCGUUGUGCCACCAGGCUGCUAGUACGAAGGGACGUGAGCUCUUUGUUCAUCGUGGGCACCAAACCUUCUACCGUCACGAAGGAGAGCAGGCAAAGGAGAGAGAGCUCUUUGUCUUCCUCUUCUGAAGAGGAUGAGACUUCUACCACCAGGCAGCGAGUACGAAGGUUUGAGAGCCCUUCCUCUUCAUCCUCUGAAGACAGUCAGCCUACUACUCGGAGGCGGCAGCAAGCAUGGAGGGGUGAGAGCCCUUCUUCGUCAUCUUCUGAAGAUGACCAGCGUUGUACCACCAGGCUGCUAGUACGAAGGUUUGAGAGCCCGUCCUCUUCUUCCUCUGAAGACAAGCAGCCUACUACUCGGAGGCGGCAGCAAGCAUGGAGGGGUGAGAGCCCUUCGUCGUCAUCUUCUGAAGAUGACCAGCGCUCCACCACCAGGCAGCAAGUGCGAAGGGAUGUGAGCUCUUUGUCUUCCUCUUCUGAAGAGGAUGAGCCUUCUACCACCAGGCAGCGAGUAGAAGGUUUGAGAGCCCUUCCUCUUCAUCCUCUGAAGACAAGCAGCCUACUACUCGGAGGCGGCAGCAAGCAUGGAGGGGUGAGAGCCCUUCGUCGUCAUCUUCUGAAGAUGACCAGCGUUGUGCCACCAGGCUGCUAGUACGAAGGGACGUGAGCUCUUU